AUGAGCUGCAAUGAGCAACGAGACGCUGCCCCGAGCGACGACCAUCAAGAUGCUGGACUUUCUUCUUUGCUGUGUUGCCCUUCUUUUGAUUGUGGCGGACAGCAGUGUUGCCGCAUGGACGCCAUCAAGGCCCAGAACAGCCAGAGGGAUCUCGCCUUACGCAGUCAAGCGCUCCCUCCUAGUCUGCUGUGGCAACUGACACCGCCACUACUACAUGUACUGCAAGCCCAGCAAGACGAGGGCAACGGCAAUGAUUCUAGCUCGCUACCAACAGAAGAGGAUGACGGGUGGGGAGAUGUGUCAGACGUUCCAGAGCCACCGCAGCCAGCAGCCGUACAAUCUGCCGAAGAACCAGAACGAGACUUGUUCAUCCCCAUCUUUACAUUGGUGUCUGUGGUGGGAUUUGGGGGCCUUUACGCCUACGAAACGCUGCGGUUGUACCUCAAUGGCGAGCUCUAUCUGCCUGGAGGGGGCAACUAA